CGUAAAUAACUCCACUGGAACAAAAUUCACACCUAGUGGUCCUUGUGUUGCCUGUUAUCCGGAGGAGGUAGGGAAUGCUGCUUCCACACAACAAUCUGUCAGAAAAAUCUGUCGGAGUAGGAGUUACGUUGGGAGUUAGGUGAGCAGCAAGACAAGACCAUGUGAUUUGGUAUAAGCUAGUUUCCCUCAUCGUUUGUUUUUGCAGCGCCUCUUGACCAAUAAUUUCAUGUACCAUAUGAGUUUUUCGCAUACCCUUUCAUCUAUAUAUACACGUGAUCAAGUUCACAAUGGCAUUAGCAACUCAAGUCUCCACCAUCCUAAGAAUCAAAGCAUUCUCUUUUUUCCAAGUCCUUCCAAUUCCUUUUCUAGUUCUUUUAUCCCCUUGAGAACAAAAAUCCAUGGGUUUCCGGUUGCCUGGAAUUGUUAGCGCCAAGAGAAGUCUCAUCCGGUCUCUAUCUAAUUCAAAACAGACAGCUUCAAAGACCUUAGAUAUCCCAAAAGGCUAUUUUGCUGUGUAUGCUGGGGAGAGACAGAAGAAGCGGUUUGUGAUUCCAAUAUCAUACUUGAAUGAUCCUUUGUUCCAAGAUUUGUUGAGUCAAGCUGAAGAGGAAUUUGGAUAUGAUCAUCCCAUGGGUGGUAUCACAAUACCUUGCAGCGAAUACACUUUCCUUCAUCUCACUUCCCGUCUAAGUGUGUGAGUGAACACUAAAGAAGUGAAUAUGCGAUCCACUUUCAUGUCCAAAAGGAUCCUCACUUUGGAACUCACUGAGCUACGAUGAAGGAGAGGCUAUGGUCAAUCAUCCAUUGAAUCAACUCACAUCCAGUGUUGAGGUGAAGCCAUCAGUAAUACUGAAGCAGCCAGCUGUGAUCUGAGAAGAAAGUCAGAAAAUUAAUGAAGCCGACAAACGAAGAUACUCAUUCAAGAUAUAAUCAACAAAACCCAACUUUCCAAAAACGAUGACUCAAAACUUUUCCACAGGCGCCGUUCAGAGUAUCUGACAUGGGAAUUUAAAUUAACCCAAUUGGUUUUAUGUUGGCUGCUCUAAGUCAAUUAAAUGUAAACUGCUCCGCUGCUCUUGAGCAAAAUAUAUUGGAAUAUGAAAUAAAUUUAUAUCUUGAUCCA